AUGGCGACUGCUUGAUACCUAUUAUUGUCUGAUUUAGCUCAAAAAAAAUAAUUUUACACAUGAAAUCUCCGUGUUCUACGCAAUUUACCGUAACGGUGUUCCAUAAGAAGUCGUGAAAAUGAAUAAUCACUCGCACGAAAUCAAAAUGAACAUGUCCCACGGACCUGAAGUGAAAAUGAAUUUACAUCCCCACGAAUUGAAAAUGAAUUCCCAUCCUCAUGAAAUGAAAAUGACUAUGACACAGACACACGAAGUAAAGAUGAACCAUCAGCACGAACUGCAUGAUGUAGGGGUGAUGCCACAGCAGCAUUUAAUCGAGAUAAGCCUACAGCCUAUGCAACAACAGCCUCAAGAAUUGGCGCCUAUGGAGUUAGAAGUCGUCAACAAUGUCCCUCAAGAAGCUCAUCAACAACAACAACAACAAGAACACCAACAACAACACACGAGUGACGAUAAAAAACCCAAAGUAGAUAAGAAAAAGAAAGAGGCGAUAGACGGACAAGCGCGCGAAGUUAUAUUUAAGGUAAUUAAGUUCUUUGAAAGUGAGAAACAAAACAGAGGCUAUGCUUUCCCAGUGGAAAACGUCGUGAAACGAGCGUGCGCCGCCACAGGGUUGUCGGAGAGCACGAUUAAAAGGAUAAAACGGGACGGUCUACGCGCUGAAGCCACACAAACAAGAAUGACCGGGCCCAAGAAGAAAAGAGUAAGAAAAACGAAAGUACAACUCGAUUAUUUCCAACUGUGCGCUUUAAGGGGAAUCGUGAAUGGGUACUCAAUCCGAAAAGAAGUUCCGACGUUAGGUAAAAUAUUAGCGGCAGCGAAACACGAACUGAACUAUCGGGGUGGUAAAGAAUCUUUACGGUUAAUAUUGUUGAAUAAGCUCGGUAUUAAGUUUAAAAAGUGUGAGAAGAAGAAUAAGAAGCCGCCGGAGCAGUCUCCGCCACCGGUCCAACAGAUGCAGAAUGUCAUGCCUCCACCACAGAUGCAACAUAUGAAAGUUAUGGAGAACCAAUGUGUUUAUACCAACAUGUUACCACCCGUUUCGUACUAACUUAGCUUUGAAUAGGCAUAGCAGGUGGGUUGAAGAGGCUACAUCGAAGUAAUUCAUCCUUAAAAGCAAAAUUGCUAUUUGACAUUUGUUAGCAAUAUUGCUUUUUAGAUGAAUUGCUUCAAUGUGGCCAUUUUAACCUCCCAGGUGAGGUGUAAUAAGUACAGAAGAUAGUAUAUAAAUAGACAAGACACAUCAUAUUCAAAGUACGCAGAUUUGCAUGAUACCAGAAGUAUAGAAUAAACAAAAACAAUAAUGAGAAGCCAUGUUGUAUAAAGUGGGAGGCUGUGACACUGGUUGUAGCUCCUGACACGUCACUUGUCCACUCAACGAAACUGCUUAUAGUCUAGAGGACUGAUUGUAGUUUAAACCAAGAAGAAAAAAAAAACAAUAAUAGAUACUACUUACGCAAUCGCUAACAUGAGUAAUAGCAUGGAAUAGAAGUAUAGGAAAUGAGGUGCUGUCAGAUGUGGUUCAACCCUAAUAAAAAAGCCUUAUAAUAUAAUUAUAUUAUAUCUACCUUCUGAACUUCUUGUAUCUCAGUGUAAAUAGAAAAAGGAAUGUAUGGACUCUCAUUUAUUUUAAUAUUUGGCAGCAUAGAAUUUAUUUUAUUUAUAUUUAAAACUUUCUGAUAUGACAUGUGUUUUGUGAUUGUGAAUCUAAACCUAUCUAGGCAUCCAGUGAAACUUAGAAUAUCAAAAUCAAUUAAUUAUCGAAUAAGGGCCUUUCCGAUCGGCGUUCCCCAAAAACACGAUAGAUGGCGUUGUUUCUUUUUUCGUUUAAACUUCGAAUGAUAACAGACAUGUGGAUCGUUUAUCUUUGUUUUUGGUUUAUUCUCUUUAUUUUGAUCAGAAUAGUAAAUGUAAUUGUACCUUGCGGGCUUAGCACCGUAAGCAUGCGACUCUUUCCCUCGACAUACGUCACCCGUCACUCUCUCAUAGUACUGCACAGAAAGAAACAGAUGAUCUCUGUCACGACGAGAAGGAGUCGCGUGCUUACGGUGCUAAACCCGCUGGUUUAAUUAAUAGAAAGGGUCAAACAAAGAUAGAAAGGGAAAAACAAAGAUAAAAGUUACAUUUUAUAGCCGUCCUUCAAAUAAAAACACUUUGCACUGUUUAGUUAUUUACUCCAGAAGUUAAAUUAUAAAAUAUAAAGAAUAUUGUAAAAUAAAUCAGUGAAAAACAAAUAAGAAAAUUAACAAUAAAAACUAUGGCGAGCGGGCGGGCGGACAGUGCGCUUAUUUGGCGCGCGAUUAACACCAAUAGGUGGCGCGUUUAUUGUACUCGCUAUAAUUUGUUUGUUAUCCAUGAAAUUAGAAGCUUAAACGAAGGCAAUUUUACAGCGCCACCUAUAUUUCUUUUGGGGAACGUAACCUGGAAAGUGGGUCCUUAAGUUCCGGUGCGCCUGCAAAUGAAUCAAGCUAUAAUAAUUUAUGGAAAAGUAAAUAAAUUGUGUUGUUGUAUGAAAUAUUAGUGCCUAACAUACAAUACUGAAUAAUAGCAAUCCUAAAUAUUUGUCGUGCAUAUUUUUUAAACUUGGAAAUAUAGUUCACUCGUUUGGUGGUUACUCCAAAAGUUUUCAGGGAGUUCUAAUAUUGGUGGUUUUAUAGAUUUUGACAUGUCCUUUCCGAAAGAUGUAUUUUCCAGUCCACAUUCCGUAAUAUCAUGUAACAUUUUUUUUCUAAUGCCUCGGCCAUUAUAAGCCUAUACAUAUUUUUUUAAAUAUUAGAUAAUUAAAUUAAACUUUCUAAGCUACGUUCCUCAAAGACAAUAUAGAUGGCGCUGUACAGAUUUUUCUUCGUUUAACCUUCUUUUCUUAUCGUGUGGGUUGUGAGGUGGAGUACCAACCUCAUCAACCCUGGUGUCAGGGUUAUUAUUGAUCCGCCAAAGGCCCCUGACAUGGCAUGGCAGGUUAAACCUUCUAAUUUCAUGGAUAACAGACGUAUGCAUCUUUUAUCUUUUUUGUUUUACGGUAUGAAUGAUAACCUUUUUUAUUCCGCCUAGCACAAUUACAUCUUCCACCCAUCAUUAUUCUGAUCAAAAUAAAGAGAAGCUAUAUAGGUAACAACUAUUAUUAUUAUUAUUGUUAUAAAUAUGCUUCUGCUAUAACAUUGUAUUUUGGCCAUCAAAACUGCUUAUGGUCAGUCGACCAAUCGCAUGUUUGGGCACAAAAAUGAAAAAAAAAAAACAUUGUAUUUUGGAAUAAUUAUGUACCCGAGUAAUGAAAAAAUAGGUAAUUAUGACGUUAAAACUGUACCACGCCAUCUAUAUUAUUGUUGGUGAACGAAGCCUGGAAAGUCCCUCACUAUCACGCAGGAGUUGGACAGCGCCACCUAGAUUUAUUUUUUGGGAAUGUUGCCUGGAAAGUACUAUGUCACCUCAAGCCGCCAUAUUGGAAAUGGCGCCUAAAAAACUCCAUGAAAACUUUUGGUGACCCGCCACGACCUAAUGACUAAUAAUAGUUAAUUAUAUGAGAGAUAUACAUUAAUGAUUCAUUACAUUAAUGAUAGUAUAAAUGUAAUCAUAAGGCUGAUAUUACAUUAUGUAUUAUAAAUAUUUUUAAUCAAAUAAAAGAGGAAAAAUA